UAUAUCUUCAGGAUGGUCCACCUAGCAGAUGGUUCUGGGCAGACAGAGGUUUUUUCUCAAUGUGUAACACACUGCAGUUUUCCACAAUGGUGGCAUCAAGCCUUUUAUAACUUCUUCACCUUCAGCUGCCUCUUCAUUAUCCCUCUUCUCAUCAUGCUGAUGUGCAAUGCAAAAAUCAUCUUCACUCUGACACAGGUCCUACAUCAGGAUCCCCGCAAACUACAGCUGAAUCAAUCCAAGAACAACAUUCCAAGAGCCCGGCUGAGGACCUUAAAGAUGACAGUUGCAUUUGCCACUUCAUUUAUUGUCUGUUGGACUCCCUACUAUGUCUUAGGAAUUUGGUAUUGGUUUGAUCCUGAGAUGUUAAACAGAGUGUCAGAACCAGUAAAUCACUUCUUCUUUCUCUUUGCCUUUUUAAACCCAUGCUUUGAUCCACUUAUAUAUGGAUAUUUCUCCCUGUAACUGAUAGACUACACAAAAGUAAUGAAAAGAAAGGCAAGGUAAUAAAUUUCCCCCAUUUGAGAAUGAUAAACACAAAGGUUAUAACAUAUUUACACAUAAAUAAAUCAGGAUUUAAGCUUAAGUUAUCUUUAUUCUUUUAGAAAUCACAUUGUCAGAGUUGCAGUUAAAAGGAAAAACAGAACUUCAGGAAAUAUACUGAGAUUUGUCUUUUAAUCAUAAGAUUCUAAAUUAAUCUCUGCCCUUUCUUACCUCCUAUCGCACAU